AUGGUGUUCGUAAUGUGGGCGAUUAGGCCAAAAGGCGAGACGUAUAACAUCACAAAUGAAUAUGAGCGUGUACCAACAAUGUUCAGCAUAAAGCUACACCAUGGUGGAAAUUUUACGAAGCUUCCAAACACGAAAUAUGUUAAAGACUUGGAUUUUGGCCUCAGAGCUUUAGGGAAUGAUAAUGAUGUCUUGAAUUUGGCUCAGUAUAUUGGAGAUAACAAGGUCAUUGAAGUGUAUACAGAACAUGGAAAAACUAAUUUGCUGACCUAUUUUAUGUCUCCAAAAGGAAAGCAAAAAGUUAUUAUUAAGGAGCUCUGUGAUGGUGAUCUUCCAAAAGAAGCAAAUGUACCUCAAGUACCAGCAAAGGAUAAAACCCCAAUGAUAGAUGAAGCUAAUGAUCAAACACAGUUGGCAGGGUAUAUGUCCUUGAUACUCUUUGACAAAGUCCCUACACAAGUUUCACCACAGUAUAGAAGAAAUGGAAGGGUGAAUGCAAUAGUUGGUCAAAGUUCUUGUGCCAAAAAGCUUUGUUUAGUUGAAUUGGAUGAUGUAGUAGAAGAUCAAGGUGGUGAUCAUGCUAAAUUGGAUGAUGUUGUACAAGAUCAAGGUGGUGAGAAUCCUAAAUUAGAUGAUGUGGUACAAGAUCAAGCUGGUGAGCAUGCUAACAUGAAUGAUGUGGUUCAAGAUCAAGAGGUUGAGCAUGCUAACAUGGAUGAUGUGGUACAAGAUCAAGGUGGUGACCAUGAUAACUUUGAUUAUGAUGAAUUUCAUUAUGAGAACUUUUCUCAUGAUCACUUUGAUGGAGAACAUUAUCAACCAUCAGAAGAUGAGAAUGUUGAAGACCAUCAGUCUGAACAUGAAAAGUCUGCUGACAAUGAUGAUCUUAGGCAACAAUCAGAAGAACAAUAUGAUGAACUUGUUGAUGAUGAAAACAAUGUAUCAGAAGUGGAGGUGGAUAUGACUGACUUUAACCUCAAUCUUGAUAAGGAUUAUGGUUGUGUUCAAAUGGAUGGGUUUCAUAACGGGGUUGGGACAAAUGAUGAACAUGAGGACAUAGAAGUCAUUGACAAUGAUAGAUGGGAUUCUUUAGAUGAAGGGUCAGAAGAUGAAAGGAAAAGAAGAUGUGUUCUUAAAAAUCUAGCUAAGGAGAAAAGAUGCAGUCUUGGCAAUGUCCAUAAGGCCAGUUUUUAUGUUGGGCAAAAGUUUAAAUCAAAGAAAGAAUUGAAAGAAAAAAUUGACAUGCACGCACUAGAAACUAGGAGGAAUUUAUAUUAUAAAAAGAAUGACAAGAUUAGACUUCGGGCAUUGUGUAGAGAUCGACAAAAGGGUUUAAUACCAACAAUUGCCCAACUAUUCCCAUGUGCUGAGCACAGCAACUAUGACAAGGAGGCAUGUGAAUGGCUUAGAAAGAUUCCUCCAAAACACUGGGCAAGAAGCCAUUUUACAGGCAGAGCAAUCUCUGAUAUACUGUUAAACAACCUUUGUGAGGUAUUUAACAGCAAGAUAAUAAAGGGAGGAGAUAAGCCUAUCAUAGGUUGUUUGGAGUAUAUUAGACAAUACCUGAUGAAGAGAAUCUGUAAUGUUAUGAAGGUGAUGGACAAGGCAAAAGGGCCUUUAACACCCACUGCAACAACCAUAUUGGAUGCAAACAAGUCUCAUGCAUCACAUUACAUUGCUAGGUGGAAUGGGGGUGAGAAAUACCAAGUCACUGGGGCAUGGCAAGACCAACAUGUUGUAGAUGUAAGGAACAACACAUGUACUUGCAGGAAGUGGGAGCUAAUAGGCAUCCCAUGUAAACAUGCCAUUGCAACCCUUAUGAAAUGACCAAGAACUCAGAGGAUGUUGGUGACAUUUACAGGUGGGUCAAAAAGGUAUAUUGGUUGGAUACAUGGAAGAAUGCAUAUUCCUAUAAGGUAGAGCCCAUAAAAGGAAGAAUAAUGUGGCCUAAAAGUUUGUGUCCCACAACACUUAUCCCUCCAAUUCAUCAUAAGCAAAUAGGUAGGCCUACAAAGAAGAGGAAGAAAAGUGAGGAUGAAAAAUUGAGUCAGAGUCAAAGAGGGAGUCAAAGUCAGACUGGUACUCAUGGUGUAAGUCAGGAAGAAGGCUGUAAAGUGGGUCCUGAUGGAGUUCAAAAAUUAACAAGGAAAUAUGUCAGUGUAACAUGUGCAAAAUGCAAAAACAAAGGUCACAACUCAAGGACAUGCAAAGGUCAAGGAGGUGGAAGUUAGGUGGAAGUUGAAGAUCAAGGUUGUGUUUGUUUUGGCAGAUGUUAUUUGCUACUUUUGGAAGUGUUUUGAUGUUAAAAAACUUAUGACUUAUGGUUAUUUUGGUUUUCAUUUGUAUGAUAAGUAUUAGUCUAUAUGGUUGCAUAUUUUGGGAUAAUGUAAUUGCACUAUAUGUUUGUAGUCUAUUAUGUAAUUGCAGC